AUGCAUUUCAAAGCUAAAGAUGGUAAAGUGCGCUACUGCAGAUACCGUGCUAUCCCAGGAGAUGUUGAUAUCAAGGAAGAAGAUGAGAGUGGAAGAUUGACUGAGGAGGAACAAAGGGAGAUAUGGUAAAUAUUGUACGAAAUUAGAAAGAGGGAAGUCACACGUAGAAAAGGUAGUAGUUGAGGAUAAACCAAGAAGGUGAAAUCGUGUUGGCUGCUAUUUUUCAUUUUAAACCAAAACUGCAGAUGCUGGCCAUCCCUGUUGGCCGAACCCAGUACGCGUGACAUCAAUGGUUAAUUAAAUCAAUGCUGUUCAAUAUAGUUAAUUUAUCGAUAUAGUGUAGCAAAGUUAAAAGAUGGAGCGAUACAGGUGCCGAGGCACUUCGAAACAGGUAAAGGCCCUGUCACACUAUUGCGUAUCGUACUAGCGUAUGCCAGCGUAUGAAAAUACUUCGGUAUACGCUGAAAUACGUUAGGGGUACUUUAGGCAUAGGUUGGAUACGUUUCCAGCACAGUCGCAUACGGUGGCAUACGGCGAGGCAGAAAUUUUUUUAAGCAUGCUCAAACAUUUUGUGCGUGUUCGGACGUAUGGUUUAUACGAUAAGCGUACUCUAGGCACACGCUGAAUACGCCAGAGGUACGCCAAAUGUACGGUACUCGUACGCAUGGCUUUCCAAAGCAUUUUUUGGCGUAUGAAAAUUAUUUCAUUAAUUUUCAUAGGCUUCUCAUACGUUUCCCUCAUAUAAUAGUUAAUAGAAGAGAUGGUUUGGAAACUUAUUAGCAUUACAAUAAACCUCACUAUCUAUGUUUUUGUUCAGGUUUAUGCAAAAAUGUGGUCUUUCAUCGUCACGUGCGUUUUUUUUUUGCUCAACCAGCAACGGUUUUGUCCAAUUGCCCAUCCAUGACUUUAACAAUAGGACAUUUUGAACAUUCCUAUUGGUUGACUUGAGAAAAAUACAAUACGCACGUGACGACGAAAGACCACAUUUUUGCAUAAACCUGAACAACAUAGAUAAUGAGGUUUAUUGUGAUUUUAUUGUAAUGCUAACGAGUUUCCAAACCAUCUCCUCUAUUAACUAUGCUCAUACGUAUUAGUGUGACAGGGCCUUUCACAGGGCGCUUCAAAUCAUUUCAAAUACAUAUUUUAAUAUUUAAUGUGUGCGUAUCCAUGAAUAACUUAUUCAUAAACAGAAAGACAGAGUAGAAAAGCUUAAUCUGCUACUCUUAUGGUAUUCUCGCUUCCUUUUAAGAGAAAGGAGCAGGAGAAUUUAUAGUUAAUACGUUUUAUCCCGGUUUGUUGUAGGAUUUUCAGCCGUCAUGAAAAUGAAAAACGACCCGAAGAUUAUUUGCGCCAGGAAUACGUUCAACGUCUCGCAAAUGCUCCAGUGAAUUAUCGUUUGCAAAUUCAAAUUCAUGCCGCAUCUCCCAACGAUAACGCAACCAUUUUCCAUGCUGGUAUUUUGUGGGACAAAGAGACACAUCCAUGGUUGGAUCUGGCUACAGUUUCUAUUAUGACUCCGCUUUCCCCAGAUGUUUUAGAAAGGUUAGAAAUUUACAGAUGUCCUGUCGCAAAGACAAAUUUAUAAUAUUUACACCGCCAUUUUUUUUGUUUAGGACUUGUUUCAACAUUGUUAACCAACCAGAUUCCUUAGGCUUACUUGAAGCUAAGUCACCCGAGGAUUUCAACAGUCUUGGUGAGUUGCGUGUGGCAGUGUACUCAUGGGUGCAGCAUGUUCGCAAGUUGAAAAUUGGUUCCCUAAUCCCUGCUGGACAAAACGCUGUUUAUAACAUCGAGAUUGAGACUGGAGACAGGGAGCAUUCUGGGACAGAUGCAACUAUUACCAUCAGAAUUACAGGUACAGUACAUGCUUGCCUGUUCGUUUUUAAGUACAUUGGUGUUUGCGUGCUUAAGUAUUCGCUAUAAUGUCGUUUUCCUGUUAGUAUCAUGCAUUCCAUUACGAGUGUCCAAUUUUUUCCCUUCCCCAGUGCAGUUAAUCCCACUUUCCCAAUCCAAAUCAUAGUUUCCAUUUUACCCCUUCACCACUCACUAUCAAGAUUUGAACAAGAUCUGACUGUCUGCUAAUCCAUUCAAAUGCAUCAAAGUUCAUACUAUUUCAUGCUUUAAGACAGAUCUACUCCUUUAAGACAGAAGUAUCAGACGUACUUAAAAAGCCUGGGAUUUAUAUCUCCAGGUGUAAAAGGUCGCACGGAUUAUCUUAAACUGGACAAAUGGUUUCAGAAUGAUUUCGAAGCUGGAAGUAAAGAGCAGUAUGAAGUGGAAGCUUUCGAUGUUGGAGAUAUUCAACUUAUUGAAUUACAUGCUAGUGGAGGCGGAUUAUACUUGUUGGGUGAUCCAGACUGGUUUGUGAACAAGGUACUGGACGGUUUACAAAUAAUAAUGAUACAUAAAUAAUAUUGUAGAAAAUAAAUAAUUAUAAUCUAAUGAUAGUAUAUAGAUAGUGAAUGUCAGGUUGCGAAUCAAUUACCAAGUAUGAGCUGAGUACGCGGGCUCUUGCUGUCUGCGUACAGUAGAACACCUCUCUGCCAUCAGUAUAACCAGCAUGCAAAUUUCCAAACCCUGCAAUGUAUUCAAAACUGUUCUAUGUGUCUAAAUCCGGUAUGUCUUGCCAGCCAACAUGAUGGAACUGAUUGCAUGAAUCACAUGGAACUAAUUGAAAUCUUGGAAUACACCCUUUCAAUAAUUACGUUCCACAAACUUUUUGGUCUCGGAGCCUCGCUCUCAUUAGUAAAUUACGCAAGGCGAUUAGCUUACGAUUCAUGAAAGCGAGGCACCCCGGCUAAAUGACGUAAUUAUUCUAACUCAUAGUUUCAGGUUAAAAAUUGUAUGUUUUAACUCCCACUGUCUUGUUUUUAUAUCUCAUGGGAUCAGGUGCUGAAUGCAGGGACGAAACUUGAGGGGGUGUGGGGGGGUGACCCCCGCCUCCCCCCCCCCCCAAAGUACAAAUUGAUUGGCAGGGCAAAUCAUCUGGAUCGGCAGUGCAAUGAAAGAUUUUAAAUGAGAGAAUGUAGAGUUAUUAAGUAGCUUCCAAUUUUUUUUGACCCUUAAUUUAAUCGGUUUAUGUCUGGAAACGUUUUUUCGCCCCUUUUUUAAAUGUCCGAAAAAAGAUGUUUCGACCCCCCCCCCCCGCUCUCCAACAUUUUUGAGAGAAAUAGUGGCCAAAAAUUUUUUUGCUGCAGGGCAUCAUCGGCUAUCGCAGGACAAUUCUAGCAGACACCCCCCAAUUAAAAGGGGCUAGUUUCGCCCCUGACUGAAUGUAUAUUUACACAAAAAUAUUAAGUGCAAACAUUCAAAGUAGAUCAUCAACAUCGAUGAGUUGAGUGAUUUGUGAGCAGUUAUAAACAAAGCCAAUAGUUAUUUGAAUCAGCCCAACAAACUAGAUUGCCCUCCAAGGAAUAUUGCAAUGAAACUAAGCGUGUAACACAGAAAUCCACAGCUAGACGGUCAAAUACAAUGUUCUAUGGUACAUCCGUAAAAUGGAAUCGUCCACAAUGCAUGGGCGCACCGGGCGGGAUGGGGAGGGGGCGGCCCCCCAGUUUGUUGAACAAACAAAACCAGUCGGGCUUAUUGUAAAAAUAAAUGGGACGAUUUCUGUGACUUUUGUAGGAAAUUCUGUCAAUUUUGUGGGUAAUAUGCUAUCUAAUAGGAAUUUUUCGUAAUCACAACUCCCGCCCCGUCGACAACAAUUUUGGAAAGUCUCUCCGGAAAAUUUUUUUGACAACUCGGCCACAAUCCGAAAAAGUCGGGCAAAUUUCUUUCCGCCCCCCUAAUUUUUUCCUUCCCGUACGCCCAUGUCACAAUGAGGUGAUUUAAUGGCGAUAAUUUAAUAAUGCUUUAUAAAUUGUAAGUAUUUCUAUCAAGGACAAUACAACUGCAAGAAUGUGGAUUUUAUUGACAGGAGAUCGAUCUUGUACUUAAAUAGUCUAUUACUGUUUUCAAUAGAAUUAGAUUACUUAACUGUUUUCAAUAGAAUUAAUUUCUUUAAUAAUUUAUUUAAUAAUUUAUUUAACAUUUUUAUUUAUGAAAUUUAGGUCACCAUCAUAAGCUCAAGUCAAGGUCGUUUGUACUCUUUCCCAUGUUUCAGAUGGGUAAUCAAGGAUUUGGUAUUAUUCCCUGGCGAAGGUAAAUACAUGUUGCUAUUCAUAAGAACUGAUCGCAUGAUGACUCCUGAGUUUACCUCCAUAAGUAACCCCCUCUUUUGCACAAAAGGAAGUAUGCAACUUUUGCUGUUUACUCUUCCUGUACGUACAGUAGCUAAUGGUUUAGAACGUUCAGUAUUACACUGAAUUCAUGAAAUAAUGGUCAUCUACUAACAACAGCCAAAAUAGAUUUUCCCAGAGUCCUUCGUCUUUACGUCAAACCGAAGAAAUUUAUGAGGAAGUACUGUAUUUUACAAACGAGUAAGGAAUUCGCGAAAGCUAAGUACAGGGAACAGGCCCACAAUGAAAUUAAAGCAUGUAGUGAACAUGUAAGUCAAGCAUGCAGUGAACAUGACGUUUUUUGGACCGGCAAUUGAUACGGUUUUCACCAAUCGGCAAACAGAAAAAUUGAAUCUUGACACUAACUAUAUAACAAAUUUAUUUGUUUUUGUAAAUACACAGGCAGCUUUUCAACGGAAUACAAAAGAAAAUUUUUAAAUUUUUAAAACUUUCUGAAUUCAGUGUUUAAAUUAAAAUGCCUUUUCAUAACUGAUAGAGAGAUUCUGCAUAUUAUAAGUUCGGCGUUAAUAAUAUAUAAUAAUGCAAUUAUAGUGUACUGAAAUCGUAGUAUGCGAAUCAGAAAUUGCUACUGCUAGCUGUUUGUAAAAAACGAUCUAACAAGCUUGAAAAAAAUACUUUAACAGAUACAUUUUUCUUUUCUCGACUUCCAGCAACCCUGCCUUUCCACGACGUGCCAGCGAUCGUAAGUGAACAGAGAAAGAAAGAGCUGGAGCAGAGGAAGGAGGCUUACCAGUGGGACUGGGUAUCAGAUGAUAUGCCUGGAAAUAUCAAGGCUACAGCACAUAGUGACCUUCCACGUGAUGUUCAGUUUACUGAUGAGAAAUCCAGGUAUGCUUGAUAGUUCAAAAAUGGGGUCAAGUCCGUUCUGCGCAUGAGUACUCUGCGAGGACGCUCUGGUGUAAUAAAAACCCCAAAUAUCGAUCCAGAACGAUCAAUGUUAGAUAUAAGUAUUUUAUGCACAUAGUGUGCUCAAAUGUAAACAACCGUUCAUCUGCCGAACUGUCAUGAUUACAUCUUUUAAAUUUAAUCCGAUUGCAAACAAUUCCUAAAAUUCAUCCCUUUCGAUAUCGCUUUUGUACUUUAUAUCUUACGAAAACUGAAUUCAAUACUUGUUAUAUUAUUUAUUUAAAAGAUGAAAAAUACAUCCGCACCUGUUGGUUAAAUUUGUCAAAAUAAUUAAUGACGACCACUUCUUUUCCCAUUUACCGAAAUUAAGUAAAUCUUUCAUGCUAUCUUUCAUAACACGUCGAGAUGUAGAAAAACCUGUAGUGGCUGUUUUUGUUCAUAUUUCCUCUUUUUAUUUAAAAAUUGUUUCUUUUAAACCUGCAAACACGGAAAUGACGUUCGAGUUCGCAGACUAGACGUUAAUAACGUUUAAGAUGAUUUUUUUCAUAUUCAAAGCUAUACGUUAUAAUGUUAAAACUUCUCAUUUGGUCAGAUAUUGAGAUGAUAGACUAUGACGAUUUCAAAUUUGGCUGUUAGCCAAUCAGAAACUAUAAAUAGUGUAAAAUUAAUAAUAAUAGUGCUUACUGCAUUCGUCAACUUAAUUUGUGUCACAUUUUUAUCGAAUAUUGAUCUCAGUUCAUACCAGGAAAGCAGAAAAGCAGCUCUGGUCAAUCUUGAAAUAGGCAGCCUCUUCACGAUGUUUGAGGACUGGGAUAAUUAUGAUGAUUAUCAUAUUUUGUAUCGCAACUGGAUCCUUGGUGCUACUCCUAAUAUGGCGGAUCGAUGGAAUCAAGAUCGCUGGUUUGGUUAUCGAUUUCUUAACGCAGCAAAUCCCGUGGUAGUGGUCCGUUGUGAUGCACUUCCCGAAAAUUUCCCGGUAACGGAUGAUGACGUGAAGGCCUCAUUAGAUAGAGGAAAGACCUUGGAAGAAGAAAUGAAG